AUGGCUUAUUACUCGGCUGGUGGCCGAGAUCGGCUCUAUCUGGGAUUCUUCUUGAUCCAUGCCAUCAGUGCGAUUUGUGUCGACGUUCAGCCGCUUCUUCCACCAGCGCUUCAGCUAGAUGUGUUUAAACGACUUCUGGACUUCUACUUGGAGAACACCUCUGACCCCCUGAUGCUCAGCGCACGUUUGCAGGAUCCCAAUUACCUGUGGUUUCGAUGGUUCUUAAUCCACGAGGCUCUCUUUUUCAUGCCAUGCUUUAUCUUAGGCAUUCGAGGCUUACUCAAAGGUACACCGAGCAUUUACCCCAUUCUCUUAGCCUAUGCCGCUGCCGCCUCAACUACGACGGCAACAUGCUUCGUGGUACUUGUCUUAGGCGACCAUAAAGUUCCGCUCACCCCGACACAGUUCAUGUUUCUCCUAAGUGCUUAUGGCCCCUUCUUUCUGAUACCUGCUGUCAUGCUCGUCGACAUGUACCAUCGAAUCCAUCGUCUGAUCGGCCCCGAUCCUUCCAAACUCAAGGGCAAGAAAAAAGCAUGA